GCACCUUCUAUUUGUUCCCUGUAAUUCUCCUUCCAAAUCGGCAGAUUCUCCGCUCUUCCUCUCUGUCUUUUAGGGUUCGUACAAUUUCUACUCAAUCCAAUGUACUACGGUGAAAAGGAUCAUAUUGAUUUCAAUGAAAGACAAUGGCGUCAAGAUUUGUGUCAUGGCUGAAAAGUCCAAGAAACACAGGAGCAUUAUAUAGCUUCUUUCUACCAGCUGCUUUUCUACUAUGCCUAGCCUUAUUACUUAGUACUAUAUUUGUUGGUAAAGAUAGUACAGAGAGAUCGGUUAAAUCGGGUAUAGACUUUAUACGAGGCUCGAGAUAUCCAAAAACAAGUGAGGUACAUCCACAACCACCGAAGGUGCGACCAAACCUAUCUCCACAACCGCAACCACCGCCACCUGUGCAACCACCAGAGCAACAACCGCCGCCGUCUCCACAAUCACAGCCGCCUCCGUCUCCACAACAGCCGCUGCCGGCUCCACAAUCCCAGCAACCGCCACCACCAGAGCAACCGCCGCCUCCGUCUCCACAACCACAGCCACCGCCACCACCACCACCAGAGCAACAGCCGCCAUCACCAGAACUGCAACCGGAAACGGAAACGGAAACACAAGUGCCGCCAUCACAAUCACCACCACCGGAACCACAACCGCAACCACAAAGACGAACACAGCCAGCACCAUCACCACCACCGCCGCCGCACCACAAAUGGCCUCCUGGAAAAGCGGCGUUACCUAAAGGACUUGUCGCCAAUACUUCUGACCUACAAAUGCAACCCCUAUGGGGACGACGUAAGAAAGUAAAUUCUUCAACAAGCUUAUUUACUGCUGCCGUUGGUAUAAAACAAAAGGAAACAGUAGAUAAGAUGGUUACCAAGUUUUUAUCAAGUAAUUUCAGUGUCAUGCUUUUCCAUUAUGAUGGUGUUGUUGAUGCAUGGAACGAUUUACAUUGGUCCGAUAAUGUCAUACAUGUAUCCGCAAUUAAUCAAACAAAAUGGUGGUUUGCCAAGCGGUUUUUACAUCCAGAUAUCGUGACCAAAUACAAUUAUAUUUUUCUAUGGGAUGAAGAUCUUGGAAUUGACAAUUUUGACCCUGGCCGUUAUGUGUCAAUUGUGAAAGAUGAAGGGCUUGAAAUCUCACAACCAGCACUUGAUACAAAGAAAUCAGAAGUGCAUCAUGCGAUUACUUCACGAUGGAAAAACUCAACACUUCACAGGAGGGUUAAAACUGGUGGCAACAAAAAUGGAUGCGAUUGGACUAGUCAAUACCCUCCUUGCACAGGGUGGAUAGAGUUAAUGGCUCCGGUUUUCUCUAGAGCUGCAUGGAGAUGUAUGUGGUAUAUGAUUCAGAAUGACUUGAACCAUGCAUGGGGACUAGAUCUUAUGUUUGGUUAUUGUGCACAAGGAGAUAGAACUAAAAAUGUCGGGGUUGUGGAUGCUGAAUACAUCGUUCACUUUGGUUUCCCAACUAUCGGGGAAAGUCAAAGCAAGUUGCUGGAAAACCCUUGUAAUUCUUCUGUUACGAAUGCUAGAAUAGAAGUGAGAAAGCAUUCACAUAAUGAAUACAAGGUAUUCAAAAGAAGAUGGCAAGCAGCUGUUAAAGAGGAUAAAGAAUGGGUUGAUCCUUAUCCCGAAUCUUGGAAUUAUAGCAUAUAAAUUAUGUAAAAAAUUUAUGAUCAUGAUCAUUAUUUAUGUAGCGUGUUUCUUUUGUAUAUCAUGUAUCCUAAUCAAUUCUGAUUAUUGAAA